UGUCACUUUCUCUCUCUCUUACUUACAAAGCCAUCUCCUAUUUUCAUGUGAUCUAAUUGGUGGAAUAUUAUUUCCAGCAUUAUUAUCUCCUUCCUCAUUCCGUCUGGAUCUAAAGUAUGCUUUUGUGUUUCUCCUUUUUUCUUUCUGUGAACAGUUCCAACUUUUAGGGUUUGCAGUGAUAAUAUUCUUGGCUAAAUUUGGCAAAAUACCGCCAUUUAUCAAACCUGAUCAUGCCUCUUCUCUCCCACUCACGAACCUCUAUAUUUAGCAACUUUUCUUUUUCUACGUGGUUCGUUUGUGCCUGAUAUUAUACUCUGUGUGUGCAUAUAUACACAUAUAAUAUAUGUACGCUAGCUGGUUUCUUCACUGCCCUAGAGAAUAAAGAUUCAGAUUAAGUAAGAAAGAUCGAGGGCUGGCUUUGAAAUAUGGCGAGAGAGAAGAUUCAGAUCAAGAAGAUCGACAACGCCACGGCGAGACAAGUCACUUUCUCCAAGAGAAGGAGAGGGCUUUUCAAGAAAGCUGAGGAGCUCUCUGUUCUCUGCGAUGCCGAUGUUGGUCUCAUCAUCUUCUCUUCCACUGGGAAGCUCUUUGAGUAUGCUAGCUCAAGCAUGAAGGAAAUACUAGAAAGGCAUAACUUGCAUUCAAAGAACCUUGAGAAACUUGAACAACCAUCUCUUCAAUUGCAGCUGGUGGAGAACAGUAACCACUCCAGGUUGAGCAAGGAAAUUGCAGAGAAAAGUCAUCAACUGAGGCAGUUGAGAGGAGAAGAACUUCAAGGCUUGAACAUAGAAGAACUUCAGCGUCUAGAAAAGUCCCUUGAAUCUGGACUAAGCCGCGUGAUCGAGAAGAAAGGGGAGAAAAUUAUGAAAGAGAUCAAUGAUCUUCAGAGAAAGGCAAUGGAGUUAUCUCAAAGGCAAGCUGGAGUUGAUUCGGAUAACGUAAUUAAUGAGGAGGGCCAAUCGUCCGAGUCCAUAACCAAUGCAUGCAACUCUAGUGGCCCUCCCCAAGACUGUGACAGUACUUCUGACACAUCUCUCAAGUUGGGGCUACCAUACUCUGGCUGAUUGGGAAAGAGUGGACGAUGCAUGUGUUUAGCAAUGAGAAGAUAAUGUUGUAGACAAAAAAGGGUUGUAUUAAUGCAUAUUUAUAUAUUAAAUAUCGGCUUAAUGUUGAACGAUAAAUAUGCUCGCAACAUGAUCUUCAUUAGUAAAUCUUU